AUGAAUUCGCAAUAUGAUUGUUUUGUUCCAAUGACAUAUGAAGAAGCGAUGGUGGAUGACGAAGAUAAUGCUGAAGAAGUAUCAUUCAUGGAGGCAAACGUACAAUUGUUAGUCGAGCAUGUUCCAGUACCACCCAACGGCUAUACUUUCUCUAAUAAACAACGGCAAAAACAACAACAAUUUUUUCAAAAGUUAAGUUCAAAUGGAAAUUCUGGAAGACUAUGGUCGCCGAUAGAUCUUUAUCAUGCUGCAGUAAUUGCGGUUCUACCCGAAAAUUGUUCCAGUUUACUGCGAGAAGUAAUCGAGUGUCUGCUUGUCACUUAUGCUGAAAUAAAAUUAAACAUGUUCAAUUUACGUACAACAGACAUUCAACAAUUAUAUGGACCUCCCUAUGAGGGAAUUUGGUGUGAAGGUGUAAAACAACCAUUUUUACAUGCGCCUUAG